AAACACACACAUACCUGUCGAAUUAGCCAUUCCCACCUGCGCAGUGUUUAUGGCAGCCUACCUUGAUAACCUGCUUUCGUCGUGACUUUGAUUCUCCCCCAUGCUAAUUACGUUAUCUUAUAAACGAAAGCACACACUCCCAACUCCUCCCUCUCCAUUUCUGCCCUCCCUCUGAUUUUUUUUUCAAAUGUGUUAUUCUGCUGUGUGUUCAGUCACUGUUGCAGCCGAGCAAAUUUAGUUGCAGCAAACAUUUCAGCUGCCAGCAGCCACCGCUUCUUUCUUUCCCUCACUCCGCGGCCGUAACACGUUUUUUUUACUUGCUUCGGUUUUAUUAUUCCCAGCUAGCGACAACGCGCUUUUAUUUCUUCCUCUGCUUUCACUUACAGCCUGUACUGAUUGUAUAUCAGCGUCUGUGUGGAAAAUAACCAUCAGAUAAACAUUUUAACCGACGUUAAUUGAGGAGGAGAGGACAUCUGAAUCCGUCUGGACUACACACAGCGAGACAGCAAGCAAGGACAUGCAGAAGAGAGGUCAGUGAGGAGGAUGACAACAGAAGAAUAGAUGACGGCGAAGGAGGGAUGAGAAAGAGACUGAAAUAAGAGGAGGAAGUGGAACUCCAAAGUGCCUACUGCGAGGGGUUGUCUGCUGCUGUUUAGCUGCUGGAUGAGAGCAGGACGGGGCUCAAUGUGUGUCUGGCCUUGAAUGGAGGCUAUAUUUUAUCCUGACAGCCACAGAGUCAUCCAUCCCACGUUGCUGAGCUGCAGUCCCCACAUACUGAGCUGAGCCUCCACCUCAUCUCAUCACUGCAAGGACGCCAUUCCUAUAAGGUUUUGAAAUCUUCUCUCUCAGGCCGUUCAAACACAACUACAGCGACUGCCCCAGCCUCGGCCAUGUUGACGUGAAUGUAACCGUGACUUAUGGUGGGCGUCAGACGAUUCAGGUGAAGGCACAGACUCUCAGUGACACAUGCCAGAGUGAUGUCCUCAGAGUAGCUUCUGUUUUUUCUUUUUUUUUUUUCGCUGCGAGACAGAGCUGGCCUCUGCUCACAGUCUACUCCCUCUAUCUCAAACUUCAGCUGCCACUUUUCCCAGGAAGAACUAAUAAACAACCCCAAAAAUACACCAACCAAAAGGACCUGCUGCCUAUUAGGAAAAACUGAAAAUAUUUUUGCUUCUGUUUCUGUUUCACUGGGGAUUUUUUUUUUCUUGCAUCACUAUUAGUCACCCUUGCUCUCACCGGACAGUUUUCCGUCCAUCUGCCCUCGCCACCGCUCAGUGCUUGUGAGCGACUCUGAUGGCUGUCAGCAUGACCAUGGGACGGGACACCAAAUGGCUGACCCUGGAAGUGUGUCGUGAGUUUCAGAGAGGCACCUGCUCGCGGUCUGAUGCCGAGUGCAAGUUUGCUCACCCCUCCCGGAGCUGCCAUGUGGAGAAUGGCCGAGUCAUCGCCUGCUUUGACUCGCUCAAGGGGCGCUGCACCCGUGAGAACUGUAAAUACCUGCAUCCACCGCCGCACCUGAAAACCCAGCUGGAGAUUAACGGGAGGAACAACCUGAUCCAGCAGAAGGCUGCCGCGGCCAUGUUGGCUCAACAGAUGCAGUUCAUGCUGCCCGGAGCACAGUUGCAGCCCAUAACAACAUUCCCAGUGACGCCCUCCCUGGCAACGAGUCCCAGUAUGGCAUUCAGUCCAUAUCUAAGCCACAUGGGCCCAGGCAUGGGCUUGAUGCCUGAGCUGCUGCCCAGUACUCCCCUGCUGGUCCCUGGGAGUCCCACCGGCCUAGCAGCCAUGGGCAACGGCACCUCCGCACAAAAACAUGUGCGCACAGACAAGCUGGAGGUCUGUCGAGAAUUCCAGCGCGGUAACUGCACGCGGGGUGAGAGCGACUGCCGCUACGCUCACCCUCUGGAGGCCGGCAUGGUGGACUGCAGCGAAAACUCCGUCAUUGUGUGCAUGGACUACAUUAAGGGCCGCUGCAGCCGAGACAAGUGCAAGUACUUCCAUCCCCCGGCUCACCUGCAGGCCAGGAUCAAGGCUGCACAGCACCAAGCCAGUCACAACACAGCGUCCGCAGGCCUGGCUCUGGGUCCCGGUGCCAUGCAGCAGCUACCAAAGAGGCCAAUCUUAGAGAAGAGCAACGGAGCAGCUGCCGCCGUCUUUAACCCCAGCAUGUUCCACUACCAGCAAGCCCUGGCUAACAUGCAGCUCCAGCAGCCAGCCUUCAUCCCCACUGUAGACCCGUCUGAGCUCCUGACCCCUGAUCCAGUGGAGCUCCAGUGUGUUCCCAUGGAAACCCAUUUCUGUCCCAUCCCCAAACUGCUGGUGGCGGCUCCAAUGGCGCUAAACUCAGUAAGCCUUUCCCGAAACCCCAGUUAAAGUCCCUGACACCUGCGCACUACCAGGGUGGUCAUCUUUUCUGAAUGCAGCAAACAUGUGCCUCGCCUACAGUGCACACUGACUGAGUGUGAAACCUCUUUUACGAGAUAUUACGAACGUUAACGAAGCUGCGAUGACGCAAUACAAGCCUGGACGUAUUACUGUUGCUUUAAAGCAGCCAUCCUGAUGCAUUCUGACUUGAUCAGGCUGAGCAAUAGAGCUCCCUCGUUCUUACAGCCAUACAUGCCCACACCUUAAAAGUGCAGCAGACAUGUGCGCACACACACACACACACACACACACACACACACACACACACACACUUAAGACUACACGCCCUUUAUGGGUUGGAGCCAUCACAUGAGGCGACCCAACACUUUUGACUGUUCCAAAGUCAGAAAUUCUGGAAAUUGAGACCAUUUGAGCGGCGAACGGACCUGCUGCUGGUCUACAACCAGUACAUGUUGUCGAAACGAAAGAGUGUUUCAUAUCAUGUCAUGUUUACGUUUCAAAGAUGGCUACAAAUGUAACAUUUGUGUUGUACUAUGUGUACCAUUAAGUUUGUUCUCAUGGUCUCAUCUUGCCUGAUGAAACGCCAACGAGUCGUUGUUAAUUUGUUUGUGCCUUUGAUUUAUCUGCUUAACUGCAGAGGAGACUUAGUUUCCCGACGUAAUUCAAAACACUUGACAGCAUACACUGAGAGAUGUUGUUAUUUUUGCAAUUAAAGGCAAUACCUGUUGUCACAUACAUACUGUGUGUCAACCUGUCGAAGAAAAUCUAGGAUUAACAGUGAUCGCCAAUUAAAAUUUAUAUCGUUUCAUGAAUGUUUAGUUAGAUUUGAAUCAGUUUUUUAGCCCCUGGUUUCACAGUCAGUAUCUGGUACUUAAAUAAAAGCAGCAAAUGAGACUUUACUUUUUGUUUAGUGCAGCAACCUUAAAGAACUACAAAUUGACAGUGUGAUAAAAUUAGGAUACAAUCAGUUCUAUACUAAAGAGGCUGAGUUGAGAGAUUUCUAAGAAUGUGGCUCUUGAUUUAAGAAACAAACUGCCUUAAAGCAGGUGAGAUCGUGUCAUUAAAACGGUUGAAUAUGAGUGAUGCAGUAUCUUUAUCAGUGGUUGUUUCUUGGCUGUGAUGGGUAAGGUUUGUUUGUCCUGUUUCCUCCAUGAUUUGAUAACCAAAUAUGGUGUAAAAGAAAGACAAUCUGCAGGCGACGAGUCAGAUGUCCCGUGUGAAAUCGUAGUAAAGACAAAGCAAUGAUUCUGGGAGUCAGAUCUAAGCUAACAGACUUAUAAUUGGCACCUCUUAAACUUCUACACCUGAUGUCAGAGUUAUUGCACAAGAUGGGAGCUGGAUUUGUUUCCUGAUGUUGUGCCUAAAGUCUGUGUGUGCCAAGCAGUGGUUGGUAUAUGCAAGGAGUUUCCCCCCAUUUGAUGCAAUACCUGAAUAAUUCCUUUAACGCAGAGUUGUGUUUUAAAAAGGCAGUUUGUGUAAUUGUCUCCUUUUAUGCGGCUUUUGGAUUGAAUACGUGGCACAAGAUUUUUAUGUUUUUUUUGGCUCUUCAGGGAGAAAGCUUAGAACUUGAAAAUGUCCUGUCUGACUUUAUAAUGUGUCGUCUUUUCUACUGAUGUGUCCUUUUUGUCAAAAGCAGUCAGACUCUGAAUAUUGCAGCCACAGCUGUUAUAAUCAGAAUUGAGUUAUGGCAAAGUCGGGAGAUGGAGGAAUAAAUUACUCGUUUGAUGUCUGAUGGUUAAAAAAAACGGCAAACCAGUUGGGUUUUUGGUUUUCAAAUGUCUAAAGAAUUUCUUUGUAGGCGCGAAAAAUUGAACGUAACGGCUCUGGAAAGCGAGCUGAAAUCACUUUUAUCCAAAUUCAAAUGUGCCUCUUUCAAGUCUCCUCAAACCACCACUGUCAAUACACUGUAAGAACAGACCAGUGCUCAAAGAUAGGUGUGUUAUUUGGUACAUUAUUAUAACAGUAAAUCACAUCUGUACUAGUUUCUUCUCUGAGACAGCUGUGCUGUCUUAUCGUUUAUGUAAAGAAAUAAAUUAGUGACUUGUGUGCAUACUUAAGUGUGUUGAAAAAGACAAUGAAUCACAUAUUUGGUUAGUUGUAAAUGCUGCAGAUAUUACGGCAUUUCCCACUGAACAUUAUUCAUUUUAAAUAAUGUUAUUGUGUCGUGAAUGUAUCUAAUGCAAAAACUCUACACAUGCCCUUCUAAAAGACCGGCAUGUUGAAAUGUAAUGAUUCACUAUAUAUAGACUAUUUCUGAGGUCACAUAGGUACCAUGCUGAUACUGUGUUAAGACAUAUUAAAGUAUGUGUAUUGUUAUAUAGAUUUAUA